GGUUCCUUCCUUCCUCUUUGGCUCGCAUGCUUCGCGUGAUGGGGCUGAGCCUUCCGUCCGUCAGCACCACCUGAGGAUUCCGGAAGCCGCCCCCGCGAUGGAAGAGGACCAGGAGUUGGAGAGGAAAGCAAUAGAAGAACUGCUUAAAGAGGCAAAACGUGGGAAAACAAGGGCAGAAACAAUGGGACCCAUGGGCUGGAUGAAGUGUCCUCUUGCUGGCACCAAUAAAAGAUUUCUCAUUAACACAAUUAAGAACACACUCCCUUCCCAUAAAGAGCAAGACCAUGAACAAAAAGAGGGCGAUGAGGAACCUGCGAAGAGCCAGAACCAGAAAGAAGACAGCCGGAAGAAGCACAGAGCCCACCCGUACAAGCACAGCUUCCAAGCUCGAAGCACUGUCAGUCAUUCUCCACCGAGGAAGCGGAGCAGCCAGGACAAGUACGAAAAGCGGUCAAACAGGCGAUGAGGCAGGGACAGAGCAGGACCAGCCAUAAGUGCUGUUACAUGUGGUAGACUGGGGUGUUCAGAGAAGGUUGUUGAGGACAUGUCCUGAGCUGGCAGAGCAACACCUCAGAGCAGUUUUUACAGAAGGUCCUUUGUGCUGUGACAAGCAGAGAAUGACCUAGAAACUCUUCGAGGAAAUUAGUACAAAGCAACUUGCUCUGAAGAUGUCUUGGCAAGUUUAAGUUACUUUAGCAAUGUAGUGUACAUAUGCAUUGUUUCUAUGUUAUCUUGUUUAGAAAUUGGUUUCAAAAUAAAUCUAGAACAAAGGUUUUCAGAGAUUAUUAAACUAGUUCCAGUUUUUUGGAUGGGCUGCAAUUGUGGUCAUUUCUAAAAUUUCUCCAAAAAAUGAAAUACUUGUAAAUCUGACACUUUACCUUUUGGGAUGACAGAUUUAAAAUUUAGAAAUCAUAUUUAAGGAAAGUUGUAGCCUUCCAAGGGCUAGAAAUUUACCAAGAAACUCUUUGAUAACUCUGCAUUUGUUUUCCUUUAAGUGAGCAAUGUAGAAGCUCUUAAAAUGGCUUUGAGUCAUGUGCUCCCUGUCAGUAAGCAGAGGUUAAAGAUUGGUCUGUUGUCCCUUGUGCAUUCCCAAAUUCAUUCCAGAGUCAGAAGAGCUUUUCUAUAUUUAAUUUUUAAUAUGUAAGCUUUAAGUGGUGCUUUAAAAAGAACUCUCAAAAGUUAAAGUGUACUCAAUUAUUUUAAUGUUAUGUCUUAUUUAGUUAAAGAUCUAUGAAAACCACUCUUAGCAUAGUUGUUUCAAAAGUUUUAAUUUUAAAUAAAAGUGUUUACAAUGCC